GAGGUGAGUAUUUUGGAAAUUGCAAUUUUUUCGAUACUCGCCGUCCUCAUAGGCCUUUCCAUAGGCGCACUUGGUGGAUAUUUCGGAAGAGGACUUCUUCAGAAGAAGAGUUACGCAGCAGCGCAGUCGGAGGCCGCGCAAAUACUUGAAGACGUUGCCGAUGAGCGGCGCGCGAUUAUCAUCGAAGGCAAGGAGGAAGCGCUAAAGUUCCGCACGGAUGCAGAAGCCGAGAUCCGUGAACGUCGUUCUGAGGUUCAGCGCACGGAGCAGCGUAUCGCUAACAGACAGGAGAACGUAGAGCGGCGCGCGACCAAUCUAGAACGCCGCGAAAGAAAGUUAUCCGACAAGGCGAAGAGAAAGCAGCGCCUCCAGGAGAUGAAACAGGAGCACAAGCAGCAGCAAGAUGCUAUGCGCUCCGAACAGCUCACAAAGCUGGAAGAAAUUGGUCAGUUAUCCAUGUCCGACGCUCGCAACGAACUGAUGUACAGCGCCGAGCAGGAAAUCGAGCACGAUCUUGCAAUCCGCUACCGCGACUUUGAAGAGCAGGCGAGGGCAGAAGCCAACGAAAAGGCUCGCAAUAUCCUCGCCCUUGCGAUUCACAGGUUCGCGGCUGAUGUGGUUUCCGAAGCCACAGUCACCACAGUGCAACUCCCCAGCGACGACAUGAAAGGUCGUCUUAUAGGCCGUGAAGGACGCAAUAUACGCGCAAUCGAGAAGGCCACAGGGGUGGACCUCAUCAUAGACGACACCCCGGAGGCGGUAACGCUUUCCUGCUUUGAUCCCGUACGCAGAGAGAUCGCCCGCCUAGCUGUGACCAAUCUGGUGUCCGACGGAAGAAUACAUCCGGCCCGCAUCGAGGAGAUGGUGGGCAGGUCUGAGAAAGAAGUCUCAGAACUUAUUUGGAAGAGUGGUGAGGAAGCCGCUCUCGAAGUCGGCGUCCGCGGGCUGCAUCCCGACAUUGUUCGGCUGCUCGGACGCUUGAAGUAUCGCUACAGCUACGGCGAGAAUGUCCUGCAGCACAGCAUUGAGGUGGCGCACCUAUCGAGCAUGAUUGCUUCAGAGGUGGGCGCCAAUGUGAAAGUUGCAAUGGCUGGCGGCUUGCUGCACGACCUUGGCAAAGCUUUAUCGCACGAAGUCGAGGGACCACACGCCGAAAUAGGCGCGGAUAUCGCAUCAAAGCACAGCGUCGCAAAGGCGGUGUGCACCUGCAUCGCCGAGCACCACGACGAUGUGAUGAGUUCAACCGAAGCCUUCAUCGUGUCGGCCGCGGACGCAAUCAGCGCAGCGCGCCCCGGCUCGCGUAGGGAUACCGCAGAGAAUUACAUCAAGCGUCUCCAGGCUUGGAAGAAGUCGGGCGCGCAUUUGACGGCGUGGAGAAGUGCUACGCUAUUCAGGCGGGCCGCGAAGUGCGCGUAA